AUGGCGGAAGAACAUCGGUGCGAGGCUCAGGCAGAGGCCCCACGCCUCUGCGCCAACAACUGCGGCUUCUUCGGCAGCCCCGCGACCCUCGGCCUCUGCUCCAAGUGCUACCGGGACCAUCGACUCAAGGAGGAGCAGGAGGCCUCCGCCAAGAAGGCCGUCGAGAAGUCCCUCUCCGCCGUCGCCGCCUCCUCCUCCUCCCCGCCGGUGGUCGCUCCUCCGUCUCCCAUCGUCUCCAUCUCCGUCGAGGCCGUGCCUCCGCUCUCUCUGAACCAGGAGGAGGCUCCCAGCUCACAGCUGGUCCUAGAGACCCCGUCCGCCGCAGCGCCGCCACCGGCGGUGCAGUCGGGUCGAUGCACGGCGUGCCGGAAGAGGGUUGGGCUGACGGGUUUCAGGUGUCGAUGCGGGGAGAUGUUCUGCGGGUCUCACCGGUACCCUGAGCAGCACUGCUGCACGUUCGACUUCAAGUCAGCCGGCCGAGAGGCCAUCGCCCGGGCUAAUCCCGUCGUGAAGGCAGAUAAGCUCGACAAAAUAUAA